AUGACCUCGGAGCCAGUGUCAGAUGCUGACACGGGCAGGAGAGGCCUGAAGAAGCCAUGUUCAUUUAGCAUCGAGGACAUCCUCUCUAGCCCCACAGAGAAUAGCCCCCGGGUCUUGGUGCCACUGUGCCUCCAGACUAUCUCGGACUGCGCACCCAAAGGUCAGUGUGAGCUGGAGACCAUCCCAGCCAGCUCCCUGCAGGAGGAGGAGGAGGAGGAAGAAGAGCUGGAAGGGGCAGGCUGCAACUGCUGCUGCUGUUCUCACACGAGAACCCACUCCCUGCAGGACUCUCCAAGUUGGCUGGACAGCUGGUUCCCCUGGCCCAUGCAGCUCUUCCACUCAUCGGUCAGGGUCUGUAAGAGUCCCCAGGAGAACUCAAGUGAGCUGCAGACUUUCCAGCAGAUCCAGCGCCGGACGCGCCGCCAUCGCACCAUAUUCAGCGAGGAGCAGCUGCAGGCCCUGGAGACGCUUUUCCAUCAGAACCAGUACCCGGACGUUGUCACCCGUGAGCACCUGGCAAGCCGCAUUCACUUGAAGGAGGAGAGGGUAGAGGUGUGGUUCAAAAACCGGCGGGCGAAGUGGCGGCAUCAGAAGAGGGCAACUGCCUCAGCACUGAUCCUACAGGGCACCAAGCAGCCCUCCAAGGAAAGCUCUUAG